AGCAAACAAAAAUGUUGACCGCUGGAGCAUUUUUUUUUUCCUUUCGUCAAACCUAAUCUACAAUUGGCGUAUCUGUUUAGAAGGUUCCGACUAAAUGGGCUCUGAUUGGUGGAUUUCAUCACAUGACAGGUUAACUUUGUACAUUUGACAGGGAGUAGGAGGGUUCUGUGGGAGAGCAGAAAAACGACAUCGCUAGAAAAAUUGGUAUUUUUCCACUUCACAAAUUAAUGACCAUGAGUUCGUAUUUGAUUAACUCCAACUACACCGAGCCUAAUUUCCCUUCGUGCGAGGAAUAUUCACAGAACAACUAUAUAACCAACCGUUCUCCUGAAUACUAUAAACACCCCAGAGAUCCUGGAUUCCAGCAUCAUGAUACGCUCUAUCAGCGACCAAACUACACGGAAACGCCCUACGACUACAACAAUACCCAUUCCAGUGAACAGGAAGGCUUCUCGCAGAUAGCUCAAGUUCAAUCCCAGCCUGUCCUCCAAAACCACAUCCCUCGGCAGAAUCCAAACUAUGAAGCUGUGGCAAUGACUACAGAAUGCAGCAUGAAUGAAAAACAUCUAUCCGCACAGAAGAGUGCUAAAGAGGCUAUCGUUUACCCCUGGAUGAGAAAAGUCCAUGUUAAGACGGUCAAUCCCAGUUAUAAUGGAGGGGAGCCAAAGAGGUCUCGAACGGCCUACACCAGACAACAGGUUCUUGAGCUAGAGAAGGAGUUUCAUUUUAAUCGUUACCUCACCAGACGUCGACGUGUCGAGAUAGCGCACACGCUUUGCUUGGCAGAACUUCAGGUCAAGAUAUGGUUUCAGAACAGGAGGAUGAAAUGGAAGAAAGAUCACAAACUGCCCAAUACUAAGAUUCUGUCUGGAAUAGAGAUCUCCCGACGCGUGGGCUCUUCAGAGAGACUGAAUCACAACUCGCUCUGCAACCAUCUUGCCGUGCUCUUUCAUCGAGGACUUCAGCAAGUGCACUCAUUAUCUGUUGCAACCCUCAGCAAAAGUUUUACAGAACUCCUGGUUUAUCGAUUUUGUUGCUGAAUGAAAAAAAAACUAUGUUGUGUUCUGCAUUUGUCGUCAGAGGCUAAGGUCUCCCCGAAGAGGCCAUUGGAGGAAAGGUGUCACAUGACAGAGUGGUGCCAAUGUUAUUCUAUAAGAGUGUCAAGACCCUGUCAG